ACAGCGUGCCGUGCUCUCUUGUUAUGGUGUUGGUCGUUUGACUGGCGCCGCCGCCGCUGCUGCUGCCGCCGAUUUCUUCGGCGUUGCUGCGUGCGACGUACUUUCGGCACGCGCGCUCCAAGCGAGCGCUCGCCGCGCGGGCCCCUGCCGCCGCGCCGUGUAACACGAGCUCGCGAGUAGCUAGCUCUUCGACGGUACUCGCUCUUAGGCCAUCUCGCCGACCGACGACCAUGUCGGCACGACAGGCUCGCGUUGUCGGCAAGUGAUGCAACAACGCCGGUGCCGACGGUAGAGAGAGAGUCUGUCGAAGGGCUAGCGGGGCGAGAGCUUUCUUGUGUUGUUCUGCGCGAGCGUCUUCGUCGCCUGUACCGUUUCGUCAACACGGAAAGAUGGGCUGGAGGAGGCCGUCUUCCCAUCCGACAACUCGGCGUCGGCGUCUUCAACGGGGAGUGCGCGAACGUUGACCGAUCAUCGGCUUCGUUUUCUUUGGCUGUGCCGGCCCCACCCCCCACCAGACCCGACACUGUGAUCCUCUCUUCCGGUCUUCUCCCGGUUUGGAUUGCGACAGGCGACGAGUCCGCGUGGACCAUGGCUCACUUGGCACGCCAGGGCAUUGGCGGCGACGGGUGUCCGGGAACUACGUCAUCGGGUUACGUGACAACGUCUAGUGGCAGUCCCAGUGGUUUGAUCUCAUCAUGGAGGCCGAAUUAAAGCCGUCUGUGGUGGAUUUCGAUUUCAAGCAGGAGCGGCCGGGCGGCACGCCCCUGGCCAUGCUGGCGGCUCAGUGCAACAAGCUGGCCAGUAAGAGCCCUCCGCCGCUGGCGGACGCGGCUGUGGGCAAGGGCUUCCACCCCUGGAAGAAGGCCGCGCCGCAGGGCAACAGCUCCUCUACGCCUCCGCCGCAACAGCAAACCUCGUCGUCGUCCGGACUCGGACAGCAGCACCCGAGGCUGGCGCACUCGGGAUCUCCUUACCAACACAACCACCAGAGGACGCCAGGCUCAGCGGUGUCGAGUGGCUCUGUGACGACGGUGACCACGACACCGUGCAGCUACCCGUCCGAGUCGCUGUUCUACCCGGGCGUCUCUGCGGCCGCCACGACAGGAGUGCCCUCGGCCGGCGCGGCUAGCGACUCCCUCCUGGCCAAGGUGGAACCCCUGGGCCGCAUGUAUUCCCACGCGUACUGCGACAACUGGCCGUACGCGGCGGCGGCGCACAUCAAGCCCGAGACGGCGAACGCGUUCAACUCGUCUCCCUGGUGGGAGGUGGGCGCCGGCGGCUCGUGGCUGGAUGCCACGGGCCACUCGCAGCUGCCCAACGCGUACGCGGCCGCGGCCGCCGCCAGCUCCGACUACGGUCUCGGAUCGGGCCUGGCCGGCAGCCCGCUGCUCGGCUCCUCCCCGCUGCUGCAGGACACGUACAAGUCGAUGCUUCCUGGCCAGGGUGCCCCCGGCGUCGCGUCGCCGUUCUCGCUGGCGCAGCCGGCGCUGCCGCAGGUCGCCGCCUCCUCUCCGCGGUCACAGCGGAGGUACACGGGCCGGGCGACCUGCGACUGCCCCAACUGCCAAGAGGCCGAGCGGCUCGGACCCGCCGGGGCCCACCUGCGCAAGAAGAACAUCCACUCGUGCCACAUCCCGGGCUGCGGCAAGGUGUACGGCAAGACGUCGCACCUCAAGGCGCACCUGCGCUGGCACACAGGCGAGCGACCUUUCGUCUGCAACUGGCUCUUCUGCGGCAAGCGGUUCACGCGGUCCGACGAGCUGCAGCGCCACCUGCGCACGCACACGGGCGAGAAGCGCUUCGCCUGCCCCGUCUGCAACAAGCGCUUCAUGCGCUCCGACCACCUCAGCAAGCACGUCAAGACGCACAACGGCGGCGGAUCGUCGGGCGACAAGAAGGGCUCCUCCUCGGGAUCCUGCUCGGACUCUGACAACUCUCAGAGCGAGGCCCCCCACCCGAUGGGGGGAGGAGGAGGGGGCCUGCCGCCCUCACAGCUGGGCUCGGCGGGCCUGUCCCAGGGCCUGGCCCUGGGCCCGCCGCCUCCGCCGCACGUGCCCCUCGGCGUGCUGGGCGCGCACGUCGCCCAGCACCCGGCCGACGCGCACCGACACAAGUAGAGGGCACAAGACUCGCCGCUCGUGCCGCGAGACGGCGCUGCUGCUGUUUCACUCGUGGUGCCCACAUAGCGAUUGCCCGCUUUACUCCGCAGUCGAAGAGGCCAAAAAGGCCGCUCAGUCCGACAAAUGCGUCGUCAGCACUCGGCUGACUACCUGCUUCUGUAUAAAAGGUUUAUUUAAUGAAGAUGCUAGGAGUCAACUCCGCGAGAGCCCCAGCGGAUUAGGCUAGUAUAUACCAUGACAAGGGGCAGGAGUAGUCGCUAAGAAGGAAGACCCGUUUAUUUUAAAUUGAGGUGCCUACAUGUCAGUUCACAAAGGGUACCGCAAGGGUUUUAGGAGUGCCGCAGAAGAUGAUGCGAAGACGGAUUGACUAGUGGCUACCGUUCCUGAAAGUGUUGCUAAAUUUUCGCUGAGAACCCUACGCAGCGACCUCGUCAGCUGUCCUCUACCCGAGGCUCAAAGCGGUACACUGGCGCUCGAGUGAAACAGCAGAACGCGCUCGUCUCCGGUGCGGCGUGGUGCGUCGCGUCCUCGUCACCGAAUAUACUACAGCUGGUGUAGUGAGUGACCGGUCGGCGGCAAUGGCGGUGACAGCGCGUCCUGGUGCGCCCUGGGGUGCGUCGGCGCUUGUACGAAGGGCCUGUCGGUGGCUGCAGUACUCCGGAGAACCAUCCGUGCCGUGCUCUGGAGAGGGAGGGCGAAGGGCCGACGGACCUGUGCGACGGUGCAACGGGCGCCCUAUAUCGCCCCGCGGAUGUUGUGUGCGCUGUGUGCGGGCAGCUUUCUUCCCGGUUCGCGUCUGCGCGCUGGUGGCUUGAACUAUGCGCCUUGGCUAUCGGUGAAGAAGAAGGGAGCUCUCAAAACUGUAAGACUUGGAAAGGGGCAUCGAUCAUGUGGCGUUGUUUGCAAUGCCAAUGCCGGCCUUGCUAGUGAGCGUGCUGAGAUAAUAAGUGCUUACACCUCCGCUUAACACUGAUUGGCAUUUAAUUUUCGUAAGACAUGGUUUGUGAAGCCUGGAUAGUUAAUAAAAUACUGGCUGGACCAACCAGUUAUUUCAUGGAAGCUUUAAAACUUGCGCUAGUUGGCCUAGCUGUGGCAUUAUUAGACCAAAUUAGCUUUCUUGCUGCGAUUAAUAUUCACUUGCCUGGUUUUAUAUUUAGCGAGUCGCUUCGCUAUCGGUGCAUUUCAAUAUAAACGUAGAAUAUUUUCUUGUUCACUAACUGGAAGCGUCUUGCUUGAAAACAAGCCCUCGAAUUUAACAUUGAAGAAAAUGUUUGAACGGUAUAUAUUUGUCAAAAUUCAAAAGCUGUACGGCAAUAUCAGGCGCUAACACUUACGCCAUGUGCGACGAAUAAUGUUCUUUGGAGACUCUCUAGAGAAGCCGAUUUAGGCGAUUAGCGGUAACUUGUUUUGGAUGGAGCUCUGGAAAGAACGGUUUUCACAGUUGGCUUGUGAUCAAGUUUUGGGAGUGACUAUAGCCUCGUGACGCGCUCCAAGUCCACCACGCGUGUGACGCCCCUAUCACCAAGCCGCGAAUGAUGAAGAGCCGUAGCAGAAGAGAGGAAAGCAUCGUUUGCCAUACGUCGCCUUCCUGUCAAGCCGACUCCGUGUGUGCCUCGUGACUUUCGAACUGCCGGCAGCACUGUGCAUCAACGUGAUGGAAACUACUUCGUGGUGUGUGAUUGUGUGUGUGUCUGCGCGCGAAAUAGAUGUAUUUCAUUUUUUUUUCUUCUUUUUUCGGCGAUGACGCGACAGCGCUCGUCUCUUUAAUGGUGUGUGCGCGCGAAAAUCGCUCAGCUAGAAGGUCUUAAAUCGCGCGAAUUUUACGCGCGGGGACCCGAGUUUUCUUGUGCUAUUAGAAAAAAAAAAGAUAUUGUCGUCGAGCUUUAUAUUGUGUACCACAGUGCGAGUCUUUCUUCGAUGAAGAGACUAUGAGACCUUAAAAAAGAGUUCUGCCACGGGUUUUCAGUGAUCUAGGACGUUGUACAUAGUGACUCAACAAAGGAAAGAACUCUGUGCAAUUGUAAAUUUUUCGCCCACUUUUUUUAAAAAGUUGUCUCUCAACGUGUUCUCAUGUGUGUCUGCGUGUGCGUCGUGAACGCUAGUAAAGAAAAAAAAAAUGUUCCGGAGAUUCGAACUAUAGUGAACGUUCUCUCUAUUGAGAUGGAGCGUAAUUUUUGAAGUGAACUCUAGAGGGAUUCGUAGCAGAGAUGCCAAGAGAACGGCAGUACACAUGGCCUGACGAUGACGUCGUCGUUCACGUGGUACCUUGGUACCGCAUGCUGUUGCGGCGGAAGGCAGGGCUGAACAGAAGCCGCGAAAUUAAGGUAAUGCAACUGAAUACGUAUUUGUGUCGCAAGAUUGAACGAACUGUCAUGGAGCAUGAAAAAAAAGGUUAAUUUUCAUCUUUCUUGCAUGUACUGUGCCAUGGACUAUCCAAUUGAAUACAUCCAAAUUUGUAUAGUUGUAUGGAAAGAUCUAUGUCAUUAUUGCAGCUAACGAUGGAAUGUGACACCCAUACCUGCUAUCCCGAGUGUGAUCAUUAGAAAAAGAAAAAGGCAAGUGUGCCAAACAGCGUUUAUAUCUGUUCAGGAAUCCAACUGGGCAUCAGCAAAUAAUUCAUUUUCAACAUGGCGCACAACCGCUUUAAGUAAGACUGCAGGCAAUGGAACCUUAGUAAAUAACCUCAUGCUUCUUGUGGCCUAUAGCACCGAAGUCUUCAAAGUUACACUUGCGAGCAUUGUGGUAUCGCCGAUACACGCCUCACAGGACAGUGUCAGGUUGCGAGUGUGUUGAGCUUCUUCACGGCUCACAGGGUCUGUGAACGUUUGUGCUACAUCUUGGGUGAAACUAUGACGUUUACGCAACAGAGCGUGCGAUGUGCUUCAUUUUGCAGAGGACGCUAUUUAUGAAUGUAUUCUCGUAAGAGUUGGCACGAAAUUGUGUUUGUACGCGUAUUGAGCGUCUCGAAAUCCAGGUUUGGAGAAAAGGUGCCUCGAACGCGAAGAAAGAAAGGGAGAGCGGAUUCGUGAAUGAGCGUGUGCGAACGUUCUCGUGAGAAAAGCAUAAAUAAAUAAGCAGAUUUAAAAAACUUCAGCUCUGAACUGCUUCCGUCGUACCACAGCUUUGCAUCGCGACGGCCGUGCAAAAAUGGCCGGACCCGGUUAGUCACUUGUGCAAGCGUUGACUUGACUUUGGAAAGUGGUGCCAUCCGAACGUUGCCGCGGAGAGUGUAACAAAUGUGUAACUUCCUUGACCGUGUGUGUCGUUGUCGUUGUGACUCCGUAUACCGAUUGGAGUAAUUAAGAGCACAAAAAUCUUCGCAUGCGCUCGGCUCUAAUGAUCGUUUAGACGUUUUUUGAGUUAUUCUUGCUUUCAGUAUUUUUUCGACUGUAAUUCCUGACGGUGACAAUUCCAUUGCUAUUGACAAACGAAUAAAAAGAAAGGCAAAUGCUGACGAGCAUGUUCCUACAGAA